AAUCAUGGAUUUGUAACUCUCUUUUAAUUUCUUAGAUGGUGCCUGUGCCUUCAAUUUGAUGGAUUUAAGUAUGGAAGAGGAAUUCUAAAAGUGGUGGGAAUAAAAGUGUGGGAAGACAAGCCACGAGGGGACUCUGUGCUGCUGCCUGUCUGCAAGUGAUCAGAACAAAUCCCAGAAAAAAUGGAAAAACAGGCAACAAGCAAUGAGACUGAGCCACUGACUUCCAAGAAAGACGUCUCAGACUGUAACAAAGGAGAAGAUUGUAAAGAGAACAGACUUCUGGUCAGGAACCCUAAAUCUGCCCUCCGGCUGGUGGAGGAUGGCAAUAAGGUCCAUCCCAGCCAGGGGGAUAAAGGGGAGGCCGCUCAGAUCUCCAAUGGUUAUUCAGCAGUUCAGAGCUCGGCCCCCUGCAAUGGGAUGGGAGAGGUGGAGGAUACCCAGGGCACGGCCCCAGCAGCCACAACCACCACCACAACCACCACAUCCACCACCUGUGGAGCUGAAGGGCAGCAGCAGCUGAUGGAGCUGGAAGACAGAGAGACCUGGAGUAAAAAAAUUGACUUUCUCCUCUCUGUCAUUGGAUAUGCAGUGGAUCUGGGAAAUGUGUGGAGAUUUCCCUAUAUAUGCUACCAAAACGGAGGAGGAGCAUUCCUCAUUCCUUACACAAUCAUGGCCAUCUUUGGAGGGAUUCCCCUCUUCUAUAUGGAAUUAGCACUAGGACAGUACCACAGGAAUGGGUGUAUUUCCAUUUGGAGAAAAAUAUGUCCUAUAUUCAAAGGAAUUGGCUUUGCCAUCUGUAUAAUAGAUCUUUACGUAGCCUCCUACUACAACACCAUCAUGGCUUGGGCCUUUUACUACCUCAUAUCCUCCUUCACGGCGGAGCUGCCCUGGACCAGCUGCACAAACCCCUGGAACACAGGCAACUGCACCAACUACUUCAGCAAGGACAACGUCAGCUGGUCCGUGCACUCCGUCUCUCCCGCAGAAGAAUUUUAUACCCGCCAAGUUCUACAGGUGCACAGGUCUGAGGGGCUGGAUGACCUGGGGGGCAUCAGCUGGCAACUGACCCUCUGCUUGUUGUUAAUCUUCACCAUUGUGUACUUCAGCAUCUGGAAAGGGGUCAAAACAUCUGGCAAGGUGGUUUGGGUGACUGCCACGUUCCCUUACAUCAUCCUCUUUGUCCUGCUAGUGAGAGGUGCAACUCUGCCUGGGGCUUGGAGAGGUGUCCUCUACUACUUGAAACCCGACUGGCAGAAACUCCUGGCCACUGAGGUUUGGGUGGAUGCAGCAGCUCAGAUUUUUUUCUCCCUGGGACCAGGUUUUGGGGUCCUAUUGGCUUAUGCCAGCUACAACAAAUUCCAUAACAACUGCUACCAAGAUGCUCUGGUUACCAGCACCGUGAACUGCGUGACCAGUUUCGUGUCUGGAUUUGUCAUCUUCACUGUGCUGGGAUACAUGGCUGAGAUGAGGAACGAGGAUGUGUCAGAGGUUGCCAAAGACACCGGACCCAGCCUGCUCUUCAUCACGUACGCCGAGGCCAUUGCCAACAUGCCAGCUUCCACCUUCUUCGCCAUCAUCUUCUUCCUGAUGCUGCUCACGCUGGGAUUAGACAGCACGUUUGCAGGACUAGAGGGAGUGAUUACUGGAGUACUGGAUGAAUUCCCACAUGUCUGGGGCAAACGCAGGGAAUUGUUCGUCCUUGGCCUGAUCGUUGUUUGCUUUUUGGGGUCACUGGCAACCCUGACAUUUGGGGGAGCGUACGUGGUAAAGCUGUUUGAGGAAUACGCCACUGGUCCAGCUGUCCUGACCGUCGUGUUCCUGGAAGCAAUUGCUGUGUCCUGGUUCUAUGGCAUCACCCAGUUCUGCAACGACGUGAAGGAAAUGCUGGGCUCUGCCCCAGGCUGGUACUGGCGAGUUUGCUGGGUUGCAAUUAGUCCCCUCUUCCUUCUGUUUGUCACUUGCAGCUUUCUGUCCAACCCUCCUGAGCUGAGGCUUUUUGAAUAUGAUUAUCCCUACUGGACCACAGUGGUGGGUUAUUCCAUAGGAACCUCCUCUGUCAUCUUCAUUCCAAUCUACAUGGUUUAUCGGCUGAUCAUCACCCCAGGAACACUUAAGGAGCGUAUUCUGAAAAGCAUCACUCCAGAAACAGCUACAGAAAUUCCCUUUGGAGACAUCCGCCUGAAUGCAGUAUAAACACCCUGGCUUUGGGGGGACAGAGGGGAGCACAAGAUGUCACUUUCCCCACACUCCCCCCGCCGAAGAAUCCCCUUUCCAGCUGAAACAGAGGAGUUUUCCAUGGAGGCUGCAGCACUGACAACAGGCAUUUGGGAACGUGAUGCCUCCAGCACAUUCACCCAAGCAGUUCAACGAAACCUCCUGUGCACUUCCAACCAGGCUGAACUGAGAACUGCCUCCCUCUGGAGCACGAGGACGCCUGUGUGCAUGGGAACAUCCCUGCUCCACGUGUGGGCACCGGGGGACUGCAGCAGCCCCUCCAGGAUGGGUGGGAUUAGGUGUGAACCCCAGUCUGUGGCAGUGCUCCCGUACCUUCCUCAGUGUGGUCGUUCGUCCCGGGCAAUGUCGUAUUCGCUUUAAGGUCCUAAUUGCUUCAACUACAUGGAAAAAUGCACAACUACUUCUGAUAGCCAUACAUCACUCGAGCAACACAGGGUUUUAUAAACUAGGAAUAAAAAAAAAUAGUUAAUCCCCGAGGUUUGUAGUGGAGGAGACAGAGGGAGAGGAAACAAUCCUGAGCAGGACUACAUACAGCUCUGCACACAUCAGCACUGGCCUCCUUUUCAUUUCCUGCAUUUUGUAAGUGGUAACGAUUUCUAGUGUUUCU